AUGAUUCUGAUCGGCUUACUCUUCUUGCUAUACGCCUCCGUUUCCCUCCAGUACCAUAUCCCCUUCGCCAGUCAUCGUCGUGACUCGGUCCUCCCUGUGCGAGACAGCAGUGAAGAGAUUCAUUCCAACAGGGUGGCCAUAGUGGAUGAUCAACCCACAGAUAUCCAUCUUGGUCAGCAUGACGCCGUUAGCAAGGCACGCCUUGGUGAACGAUGUGGCCCUGGUAAGAAGAAAUGCGAGUCAUACCUGUGCUGCUCUUUAGCUGGUUUCUGUGGCAUGACGGCCGCCCACUGCAUGUCUCCGGAUUGUCAACUUGGCUAUGGCACAUGUGACGCUGAUAGAGUCCCUGAGGGCAAGUCUACCAAGAGAAUUCCACGCCCACACAUAGGAGGGGUCCCCUACGGCGAAGUCAUUGUGACUUGCAAGGCACCUUUUACAUUUGCUAUGACGUACGAUGAUGGUCCCAGCGAGUUCACCCGUGACCUCCUGGACAUCCUUGACAAAUACCAGGCUAAGGCCACAUUUUUCAUUACCGGUGUGAACAACGGAAAGGGACAGAUAGACGACUUCACCCGCCCAUGGGGUGCAUUGAUCCAACGUAUGCAUUACAGUGGUCAUCAGAUCGCCAGUCAUACAUGGUCUCAUCAAGAUCUAACGGAUUCACGUAAGCAACGCAAGAAGCAGAUCCUGCAUAACGAGGCUGCUCUUAGAAAUAUCAUGGGCGGAUUUCCAACAUACAUGCGACCUCCUUAUUCCAAAUGUGACGAGGAUUGUCUGAGGGAUAUGGAGCAGCUUGGGUACCAUGUGAUUUCCUUUAACAUGGAUACAGCCGACUAUCUCAAUGACGACCCCGACAAGAUUCAACUAUCCAAGGACAUCGUCGACGAAAAAUUGACUGGUCCAAACCUCGAUGGUCGUCCCUACCUUGCUAUUGGACAUGACAUUCAUGCUCAGACAGUCUAUAACCUGACCGAACACAUUCUACAGCGUAUCAACGAUGCCGGCUACCGAGCAGUCACUGUCGGGGAGUGUCUGGAGGAUCCUCGUGAUAACUGGUAUCGCUGGGACUACAGAUCUUCUUAA